AGUGCAUAUCCAGCCACACAGAAAUUGCCUGUUCUCUCUAUCACUUCAUUAACAUUUCCGUCUGUCUACUGCUACACAUGACCCCUAAGCUCUCUCCAUCAUCCGGCUUUUCAAGUCCAGAGAUAUUCUAUGGCUGCAUCUUGCUGCUGUGCUUUUGUGAUAUUUGCUUACCACGGGGAAGACAUUAACAUUUGAUGUGGAUGGACACCAAUUGUGAGUCUCUUAUGCACCUAUACUGUACAUGUAGCUGUGACUAAAGAAUUUCAGUGAUGCUUUAGAAGUGGACUAGAAUUCUAUUCCAAAUUUCCAUAAUUUGAAGGGAAGGCAAUCCAUCUCACAUACAAAGAUAAGCUGAAGCUAGUUGCAUAUACCAAGCAAAUCACUGUUGGUAAAUUAGAUGCCUCAAAGUUACCUCCCCCUGGAUAUCUAGAUGUUGUUGGAAAUGAUAGGAGAAAAGAAUGGCAAGCAUUAGGAGAUUUGAGUAAAGAAGAUUGUAUGCUUCAGUUCUGUGAGUUGCUUGAGACUCGUUGCCCACAGCUACAGCCUUAUAUAGAAGCUCAUCGGAGAGAGAAAGAAGAGCAAGAGAGAAAAAGGAAAGAGGAGGAAGAGAGGAGAAAGCGUGAAGAAGAGGAGAGAGAACAACAAAGGUUAGAAGAAGAAAGACAGAGGAGAGAAGAGGAGAUAAGGCAAGCAGAAAAGCUUAAGGAAGAGCAACAAAGGUUACAAUUUAAAGAGUCUGUAUAUCAGCAGUUGGAACCCCAGCUUCGCCCACUAGCUGUCGAGCAACAUCCACAUAAUCCACAACAGCAACAAGUUUUCCUGCAACAACUUCAAGAGCACUAUUAUCAGCAGUACAUGCAACAGAUCCAACAAGCACAAUACCAGCAACAGCAGCAACAACAAUUACACAAUCAUACUGCCCCAUCAUUAACGAUGGAAAACCAAACAGAGGGAGCACCUCCACAAGAUGGGACAUCUCCUAACACACUAGCACAAGAUCUUAGCCACUUACAGCUGGGUGAUCAAGGUGAUGCUGCCCCUCCCAAUGGAGAUAUUAAUAAUAUUCCCCUCAACAGUGAUGAGGACCAAUAUCCAGUAAUCUGCAAGGCAUCAUGCUGGACACGUAAAAACAUCAAAGAAUUCAAGAAAGAGCUUGUAUCAGAGAAAGAGUCUGUAAUAAAGGUUGGACACGGUGAGACUGUCACCGUCAGAGUACCUACACAUCAAGAAGGAAAGUAUAUCUUUUGGGAGUUUGCAACAGAUAGCUAUGAUAUCGGCUUUGGUCUCUACUUUGAAUGGACGGAGGCUGAGAGUAACGCAAUCAGUGUCCAUGUUAGUGAUUCUAGCGAGGAUGAAGAAGAGUUUGAAGAUGAAGAAGGAGGAGGAGGUAAGAGUGAUAUCGAGCGUGGAACGAAGGAUAGGGGGCCCCCUAUGGAUGAGAUCAUUCCAAUCUACAGACGAGACUGCCACCAAGAGGUGUAUGCUGGCAGUCAUAAGUACCCUGGAAGGGGUAUAUAUCUGCUUAAGUUUGACAACUCCUACUCACUCUUCAGAUCUAAAGUACUCUACUAUCGAGUGUAUUACACCAGAGAUACCCAGCCCGGUAGGACGCCCCCUGAUGCAGUAGAAACCUAGAUACACUAUCAACACUGGUCUCUAUCCUCUUGGUCUAACACACCAGUUUGUAAGACUCUAUAUGGUCUAUCUUCAUUUCUCUACAACCAGGGCACUGUAGGUUUGUGAACAUUUACAAGUUGUUAUUAUCUGAGUGAAACUGUGCUUGUCAGCCAAUCAUAAUCAAGGAUUUCACUGAAAUUGUCAAGCUCUGACAAAUUAGUCAGUGCUGACAACUCCAUUGAAUUACCCUAGUUCAUCUAUUUAACAUUCUGUCUAAUUUCCUCUUGGCCUCAGAAAUAGUUUGUCUACUAUCCAGUUUGCCUAAUUUAAUGUAGUCUCAAUGUGCUAAAUUAUUUUUCUUUUGGGCUAUUAAGACAAAAUGGUUUAGACCAAGUGAUUAUUAACUCAAGUGGUCUUCAUGCCUUCUGGUAAUUAGACCAAGUGCUCAUUAGACAAAAUGAAAUAUAGACCAAAAGGGUGUAGCCUGAAUGAAGUUAACCUUUCUGGUAAUUAGACCAAGUGGUUUUAGACCAAGUGUGUGUAAACUGAUAUACCCACGCCUAACAAACGUGUAAUAUGCUGGUUAUGUGUAUGAGAUAAUAACCCCAUGCCACUCUAGUACACAUUGUCCUGUUUUGAAUGCAUUGCAUAUAGGCCUCAUCCAUAUUGAAACCAGGUGCAUUGUCCCAUAUAUCUGCCAUAUGUUGCUGUUAUCAGAAGCAGUAUUCGAGAUCAGGUGACGGAAAUAUUUGUGUAGUGGAUUUUAAAGGUAGUAUCAUUCAUUGAAAACAUCACAGCCAGUGGACUUAUUUUUGAAAGCUUAUUUGUUACAAGUAAUUUCUAAAGUCAAUAUUAAUAGUAUAUUGAAAGCUUAAUUGUUUCAGUAUGACUUUGAAAUAAGAUUUCUGAUUUGCAGACAAGAUGAUGAUAUUUUUACACUUUCAUUUUUAAAGAAAACAAAAAUUACAACCCACCCCACUUCUCUGUCUCUCACUUACAAUUACAACAUGUGCUACAAACACCUUAUCCAGACUAAGGUUAUUUUGUUAUAAAAUGAAUGAUGCUCUACCUUUAAAAGAGAUCUCAUAUGAUAACGACCUGCAGAUUUUGAGAGGAAUUCUGAUCAGUGUGACCUUCCUAGUGCAAAUUUAAAGAGAUUUACAGAGUUUGUAUUCCCUUUCUAGCUACUGCAGCUACAUGUAUGUUUGGAAACAGAAGAGAGGCAUGCUUUCAAGGCAGGGCAAAUGGAAGGGGAGGAGAGAUGAUAUAGUGAAAUUAUAUAGAUCUAUAUUUAUAUUUUGAUUGUUGUUGAUGUUGAAGUUAUGUAUGAUUAAGUAGUGUUAGGUAAAAGGAUAUAAGCAAUGUAACCAAUUAAAACAACUGUUGAUAUGAAAAAAUACAAAGAAACAUUUUAACAUUGGUUUGUAAUAAAUUCAUUCAAAAUUAAAAUAGAUCUUUAACAAGGACGUUUACUGAAGAGGCUUGUAUACCAUUGCCACUAUUCACAAUGGACCUAUGAAUUGAAUAACACAAUAAAGAGUUGAGAGUAGCCGGAAAUUAAUAUAAUUUUUCUUUAAAUCUUUUAAUACUGUCUUGUUACCAAAGUUGCCGAGAAUGUUAGAAAUCUAGGGUAAGGAAAUUAAUAAUGUUUUCAUCAAGAUGAUAGUUUUCUUUAAAUCUAACGAUACUGAAAUAGUUAUCAGUUUGUGUGAAUUUUGGAGGAAGUGUAAAAUUAAUAUGCCAAGCUGAUUUGGUAUGGAAAGCAUCAUAAUUUUUACUUUUUUUUAGCCAAAAUUACAUGCUUAACAAUCAGUUUGUGUUUUUCAAUCGAGUUGAUUCAAGUUCAUAUUUUGUAAGUUGUCAAUGUCGGUUAUAUUCCCCUUUUUUCAUGUCAGAAAUGGGUGUAAAAAUGUUGCUCCAUAGCAUGUGUUCCAUAUAAUGCAUGGCAUCAUUCCUAUGUGUUGGCAUGGAAAGUUGAAUGGCUCAACUGCAUUUGACAAGUAAAUAAGUAUUAUUCUUCCUGGUGAAGGUUUAAAUUGAACAUUAUAUUGGUGCUCACCCACAAUGAUGGUUAGAAGCUUUCACUAGGAUGUGUAAUACCAUCUUAGACCUGUAUGCUAUCAUGGUAAGCAUAUCACUUAAUGAUACUUUUUACCUACAGUACAUAUCUAAUUGAUCCUCUGCUGUGUAGACAUUUAUAUUUGUGCUUGUACUACAGGCUCUACCAUAACAGUUAAAUCAAUGAAUAAGAACAGCAUUUAUUUUGUUGUUAAUGAUUAAAUGGUGUUCUUGGUUCAUACAUGUAUAUCUAUAUAUAUGUUUUAACUCAUGUACUGACCUGAUUGCCAGAGUAACUGAAAGGAGUUUUCUGACUUGUUUUUCAGAGCAGAGACAAAUUUUGAUUGCCAAAACUGAGCAGGUAAAAACUUCAAAUUAAUUGUUUUCGUUAUUGAGUUUUUUUUCCCUUACAUUCAGUUAUGAAAAUAACACAGAAUUGUUGACAAAACGUCAUUUUAAAAUGCCAUUGAAAAUGGACUGACACAUGCUUGAUCAUUCUUCCUUUUUUAUAGCAAGUAUUGGUGCAGAACUUUUAAGCUCGUAUCAUUCUUGAAUAGUUCUAAAGCUGAAAAUGUCUUUUUAACUAUUUCAGAAUUUAGCUUGCUCAACCAGGCAAGAACCUCAAACAAACAGCCUUUUGAUUUUGCUUUUAAAUUCCAAGAACAAUGGUUUAGUGUAUACAAGGCCAUUAAAACAUGUUAACAAAUCAUUUCCUUUUCUUGUGCUGUUUCUAUAAUUUGGUUUAGUUAUAUUCUGCACAGUGGAUAUUGGUUUCUUUAGCAACUUCAGUGUGAUUUUUUAUGAAAUAACUAGGAUAGUAAUAACUUGCAAUCAAUGAAAUUAUAAUUAAGGGUUAGCACUGAGUUAUUAGUAUUGCAAAUGAUAUUUUUAAGGAAUCAAGUUUUGCAUUUCCCUCCUCCUUUCAAAGAUAUGUGAAAUGAAAUGAUAGAAGCAAAUUUUGUUUCUGAAAACAUACAAAAAUCAAAUGAAACUCUUCACAUUGCUAAUAUGAUUUAAAUUGGAGAGAAAAUGUUUAAGAUGUUUCUAAAGAUUAAUAGUGGAAUUGCGCCUUUGAUUUAUACUCUGUAUUUUGCUCUGAAUUUUGUUGUUUUCAUUAAAGGAAACUUGAUGUUUUGUGAUUAUAUCAGUUCAAGCUGGUCGAGUGUGUGAAUCAUUUGGAAAUGAUAAUAAAAAAUCUUAUUACAUUUUGUUAAAAACCUUCAAGAAAGUGACUAUUUAGUUUCUCUGUGUACAUUGGUGUACAUUUGCUUUAUAUGCUUGAAUUCCAUUCACAAUGAUCGUACAUAAGCAGUGUAAAAUCAAGAAUCAUUAUUGUAGAUUUGUGCAUGUAGCAUAAUGUUAAUGCGAUGUGUGCAUAUUCAAUCAAAAUUAUAUUCAACUAUUAGUUUGUUUUAUACCUGUCUUAUUUAUUACUUCAAUCUUGCUAUGGUUUCUGCUUUGAUGAUAAGAACAUUCUUUGCUAUGUAGGCCUACAUUAAAUUAUCUUUAUUGAGUCACUUCUGUCCAUCUGAGCUAUACAAAAAAAAUACCAUCAAUCCUUUUCUCCCGUUUUCUCACAUCAAAAAUUCACAAUAAACACUGAAGGAGCAAAAAUCUAAAAUAAUCCCCAAAAUAUUUUCAGAAUUAUUUUCCACAUCAGAUCGUAGUCAUCUUCAAUGAAGGUGAUCUUAGUUUUCAUUUCUAUGGUAAUUGACCUAAUGAUUGAUAUAAUGGAAAACUAUUUUAGUUUAAUGAAAGCAUGAGCAUAUAUUGACCAUGAAAACUUGUAAAGUAAUUGUCCUAAAGAUAUAUCUUGCUACUCUAUUAUUAAUAUGUCUCUCACAACAACCAUUAUUGAAAUCGUAAAUGUGAAAGUAAGGGUACUUGAAUAUCCAGUCAAUUUUAAUUUCAUUGCAUUCAUUCGUUCCUGUUAUUCGUUCUGUCCAAUCUUUUUUGUCACACCCAAAAGAGAUUUGCAUAUAUAAUUUGAUUUAUUUGUGUCUAGUUUUCAUUUCAUUAUUGUCUUGAUAUUUGUUAUUUCAUUUUAGUGUGUAAUAUUCUGGAACAUGUUACAUUGAUCACAUAGUGAUAGUAACAUGAAUGCUAGAAAGAGAAAUGCUAUUGAUACACCUGUAAAUUGUAUACAUUGUAUGAUUAAAAGCUGGUCAUUGUAAAAACA